AAAACACAGCCGUUGCACCGAGUUUUACAAAAACCAUCAGUGUUUGGGAGUGAUUCUGAUGAUGAUGAGGAGAUCAGAGCGCCAGACACACACUUGGUACACAGGCAGACAUUUAUUCAGACAAACACACCUAUGCACAUAAAAUCAAAAAUAAAUGUAAGAAAAGUAGAGAGGUCUGAGGACAUGGCUCAGUCAGGAAAGUGUGAGCUUCAAGCCUGAGGACACAGUUCAGACGCCCAGGACCCUUGUAGAAGCACACCUGUAGCCUGAGCUGGGGCAUGGAUACCAGCAGAAUUCUGGAGUUUGCCAAUCAGUGAGUGAAACCCAUCUCAAAAACUGAGGUGGAGACUGAUGGAGACCAGACACCGACAGAGGAGAGCACCAGAAAUCACUGUCUGGCCUCUGUACAUUGCCAUACAGACGUCCGUGAGCGAAAGCCUUCAGAGGGAAGGUGCUAAGAAGCAGGCCAUGAAACAGACCAAAUUGGAGAUUCAGAAAGCUCUUGCGGAAGAUUCCACUGUGUAUGAGUAUGAUAGCAUUUAUGAUGAAAUGCAGAAAAAGAAGGAAGAAAGUAACCCCAAGCUGCUUCUGGGGAAGGAGCGAAAGCCCAAAUAUAUUCACAACUUACUAAAAGCAGUCGAGAUCAGGAAAAAGGAACAGGAAAAGAGAAUGGAAAAGAAAAUACAGAGAGAACGAGAGAUGGAAAAGGGAGAAUUUGAUGAUAAAGAGGCAUUUGUGACAUCUGCGUAUAAAAAAAAACUUGAAGAGAGAGCUGAAGAGGAGGAAAGAGAAAAGAGGGCAGCUGCUCUGGAAGCACGUUUGGAUGUGACCAAGCAGAAAGAUCUCAGUGGAUUUUAUCGACAUCUAUUAAAUCAAGCAGUUGGUGAGGAGGCAGUUCCUAAAUCCAGCUUUCGUGAAGCCAGGACUGUAAUAAAAGAAGAGAAGCUCAGGGGUUACCCUGAUGAAACAAAUUCAGAGAACAGACCACCACAGCAGAACUGCAUUCUGCAAAGUGGUGCAGAGGAAGCGGAGGAAAACCCAGAUGCUGACAGUGAUUUUGAUGAUAAGAGCAGUGAGGACGGGGAAAGGGGAGACCAUAAAGUCAAGUCCAGAGGAGAAGACACUGGCGCCUCCAUGAACUGUCCCAAGCAGCACAAGAAUCACGCCCACUCACGAUCAUCUAGUGAGGAAAGGGGGCUGAGUACCAAGCACCACUCAAGAGGUUCCCAGUCAAGAGGACAUGAGCAAAAGGGAGGUCAGCACCAGGACAGGCAGUCCAGAGACCACGAGAGCUGUCACAAGGACCGCAGCCACCGGGAAGAAAAGAGUUCUCAUAGGCACAGAGAAGCCAGUCAUAAAGAUCACUACUGGAAGAAGCAUGAGCAAGAAGAUAAACUGAAGGGACGAGAACAGGGAGAAAGACAGGACAGGGAAUGGAAGAGGGAGAAAUAUUCCUCAAGGGAACAAGAAAGAGAUAGACAACGGAAUGAUCAUGACCGAUACAGUGAGAAAGAAAAGAAAAGCAAAGAAAAAGAAGAGCACACGAAAGCAAGGGGGGAAAGAUGUGAAGACGGUGGUAAGCACAAAGAGAGGGAGAAGCCCGAAGGACGUGGGCAGUCUUCAGAGAGACAUCGAGACCGAAGGGACCGCAGCCCACGGUCUAGACCAAAGGACGACCUUGACCAGGAAAGAUCCAGCAAAGCGAGAAACAUGGAGAAGGACAAAGGGGAGCAAGGGAAGCCCUCUCAUUCUGAAGCAUCACUAGCAACAAAACACAGACUGGCAGAGGGAAGACCAGAGAGGGGCAGUGAGCAAGAGAAGCCCCCUGAGGCUGUGAGCAAGUUUGCAAAACGGAGCAAUGAGGAAACUGUGAUGUCAGCUAGAGACAGGUAUUUGGCCCGACAGAUGGCGCGGAUAAACGCCAAGACUUAUAUUGAGAAAGAAGAUGACUAAGGACUGCCCGUAUCUGGAUCCCUUACAAGCAUAGAGCGUUGUAACCCUGAACUUGGUUUAAGGAAGCAUACGACUGUGUGAACAGCGACUGGAGAGUAUUUUUAAAACUAUAUUCAAUAUUUGUUAAGUCAAAGGUCAGUUCUUUGAGCUUCAGUGCCUGUCUAGAAUUGUGAGGAAUUUCCUAAUCUAGCACUUUCUUGGUUCUACUCAAGACUCAUAGGUGUUAAAUCUUGUAGAUUCUUUGUGAGGAAAAUUGGCUUCAUGUUCAUGUUACAAUGUUAAUACAUUAAAAAUAGCUUGUACAAAUGUUGCUUUUGUGUUAACUCUUUAUUACCUGGGUGGAUAUACCCACAGAGAAGGCCAGAAGAAAGCAUUGGAUCCCCUGGAA